AUGAGGUUAGUUUUUGAAAUUUUAUUGGUCAUCGUGAUCGAUGCCCAAAACCUGGAGAAGUCGAGGAGUGUUUGGGUAGAGCAAGGUCUGGUCAGGGGCAAGAUCUACAAGUUGGGCGAGCAGCAGGUCCAAAUCUUCAGAGGCAUUCCGUACGCCGAGCCUCCGCUUGGAGAUCUCAGGUUCAAAGUUGGUUUUUCAAUUUUUUUAAUAGAUUUUUCAUUUUUCUCCCUCAAAUUUCCUAAACCUUCUACAUAAAUUAUUAUAUUGUUUUAGCUCCCCAUUCGAAAACAAAGAUGGGAAAAAGAAUACGCAGCGGUCGAUUACGGCCCUCCUUGUGUCCAAUUCAUGGACUUUCACAAAAACGACCGCUAUUCUGGUCCCAACAUGCCGAACGAGUCCGAAGACUGUCUCUACCUCAACAUCUUUUCACCGUACGAUUCAGAAGACGAAUCUAAGCUGUAUCCGAUCAUUGUCUGGGUUCAUGGUGGGUCAUUUCUUGCCGGUUCGGCUGAUACUGGCAUUGAUAUGGAAGCUGUGGCCAAGAACUUGGUCUUUAAGGGAAUCACAUUGGUCACGAUAAACUAUCGAUUAGGACCUUUUGGGUUUAUGUCAAUUGACUAUGGUGAUCAUGUUGAAGGUAACUUUGGUAUCUACGAUCAGAAGUUGGCAUUGGAGUGGAUUCAGAGGAAUAUCAAGCAGUUUAAUGGAGAUCCCAGUAGUGUUUCUGUUAUGGGUGAAAGUGCUGGAGCUGCUGCCAUUUCUGUCUUGGGUUUGAGUCCGUUAACGCGAGGUAAGUGGAGGGCGCAGCUCAAAAUUGAUCUUGCAGGCUGCAGGAAACGCUUUCUGUAUUGAUUAAUUUUAGGUAUAAACUGUGAAAUUUCUAGUUUUUUAAACUUUAUAACACGAAAGGUUACUUUUUUACGUUUUUCAACACUUAAAAUUAUAAAAAAACAGUUUAAACGACCAUUUUAAUGUUUUAGGCUAAAAGCCAGCAGAAUUCUUUUCAAUCUUUCAUUUUUAUUAAUUGCCAACAAGGAGAACAUAAAUCUUUUUAGGCUUGGUGCACCAGGUCAUUGCUCUGAGCGGCUCGUCGACAGCUGGCUGGGCGAUUCAUCGGCAUGGCAUGAAUGCGUGGGACAUGAACAAUAUCGCCGACUUCAUUCGCUGCAACAAAAUCAUUCCAGAACAAGAUCUCAAGGCGGUUCUGAAUCGCGAGGCCUCGAAUAAGAAGGCCAAGACAACAGAACAUUGCAACCUACAAAUGAAUGUGCCGGAGUGCUUGAUAGUACGUUAAGAAAAAACGUUUUUAAAAUGCUAAGAAACAGUGUGUAAAGUAAAAUUUGAUUUCCAAAAUUUUGAUAUUUUACUUUAACUAUUUAAAAUGCACUUUUGAUUUUAAAAUUUCCAGAACGGCGGAAAAAUGAACGCCAAAGACAUGUUGGAGUGUUUUCGGAAAGAAAUCAACUUCUCAGAACCCUUAUUUAGGCAUGCCUUGUCGGCCGAGGUAAGCGUUUCUUAUAAGAACUCGCUAUUUAAUUUUUAAAAAAAUUUAAAGCUUUGAUUUCUCUAUAGCUAUAGCCUAAAACUAUUGAAAACUGUAAAGAAUUCCUUGAUUUAAAAUUUAUGUUAGCAUUUUAGCUUGGUGUUUCGAAGAUGGUAGUGGACGGCCAACUGAUUCCUUCAUCCGGCUUUGAACUAGUCUCUGACUACGCUCAUCUGCCACUUUUAACUGGAGUGGCUAGCCGGGAAUGGGCUCAUAAGAGGCGUAAGUUCAAAAAAAGUUUUUUUAAUUGUUUUUCUUGUUGAUCAUUAACUUAAGGACAGGGUAGGGAUAGUAUAUAUCUAGGAGUGCUUUCUUUUAGCAAAAUGGUAGGAAGGAUUAUUAGGUCUUCACAUUUUAUUUUUUUUUCUUUUUUUAAACAUAUUACGUGACGUAUUUUAGCGGAAUUCUAUGAAUUCUGGAGGUAUGAAAACAUGAGUCGGUCUAAGGCAGAAGAAGCAGUCAAGAAACUAGUCUACAACUCGUAUGCUUCUCGGUUACCUGCUAAAGUACCUAAUGCUACAUUAAACUUGAUUUCAAACGCUACAUUCCUACGAUAUAUGCAGGAUGUAGACUUUAACUUUGACAUGCCUGGAGUCGUGGCUAGGCUACAAGAUGUGGGUCUAUUUUUUAAUUGUUUACUUUUGUUAUAUAAAUCAUCACGUCUGGGUCUUACGAUACGAUUAAAUUUACUGGCGUGUACCUAUUUAUGUUAUGUAGUACGUACAACAAUUGUAUAUUACGAAUAUUACAGUAUAUUUCAGUUAGAAGCCGAUAUAGAGUUUGUAGCCCCAUGCCAAUCGGAAGUUGAUGGCUAUGUCAAGAACGGCCUAGAUGUUUUUGCAUACUCGUUUGACUACAUACCUAAAGGAAACAUAGUAGAAGUAGACAAAAGGUUUUACGAGUUAUUUGGAGACAAUCAAGUUACAGUAACCAAGAAGGACGCUUCUACUGAUGGAUACGAAUUGACAGCUUUUCAUGGCCUAGAUCAUGCCUUUAUAUUCAGUAAUGGUUACAGUAGUAACUUCCAAAUUAAGCCGUUUACAAAGCAAGACAGAGCCAUGAGCAAGGUCUUGACUACCAUGAUUGCUAACUUUGCCAAAACUGGGUGAGAUUUUGUUUAAUUUGUGGAAGAUAUUUGAAAUUGUUACCUAAAAACACUUUUUUUAAUAAAUAUUAGCUUUUUAACAUUAGAUAAUAUUGUUUUAGAGAUCCAUCAAUAGAAGUAUUCGAAUGGCCAUCUUAUAGUAACUCAAGUGCUCAUUAUGUUUCAAUUGGUUUACAUCCAAAGCAAGUUUUAUUUUACUGCUUCUUAUGCGAAUUACACGUGCUAUUUUUAACUUUCUAACAUGAUAUUAUGAUGCACACUUCAGCGACAAUAUUGAAAUUAUUUCGACGUUUUUAAAACCUUAGGCUGUCAAAUCAAAAUUUUUCUGGAAAACCUCAAAACAACAAUAAUAUAGAAGAAAAAAAAGAUUAUAUUAUAUUACCUAAAAAUGAACAAAAAAAUAAGAUAUCUCAUUUGAAGUGUAAUCUAAAACAAAAAUAAUAUUGUUUUACCUAAAAGAAAACAAGACACAUUAAAAAUAAUGUUUUUCCACCCAUAAUGAAAUGCUCCGAUAAUGUUUUGUUACCUACAUAAUUCUUCAGAUUAAUAAAAGGCCAACUUCACUUCCCAGCUCCAGAAUUCUGGAAUCAUGAAGCGGCCAUGUUGGCCAAAUACACAUUGUCAGAAAGUCCGUUGAGCGACGAAGAAGUCAGUGAACUGACGGUUGAAGAAAGGAAACAGGUAGGAUUGUUAUGAACAUUCAGGUGACUGUCAAACGUUAAUGUUGGGUCAGAAAAUUUAUAGAGUUUUCAAAGUUUAAAAGGUUAAACAUGAUGUUAUUGUAGGGUAGAUGAUUCGUAAUUUACGUGGGAGUUUGGUAUUGUAAGUCAUGUAAAGCAUGCUUUAUUACUUUUUUAACAUAAUACCUUGUCCAAGAUCUUGGUUAAACACUACAAUUAAAAUCUAUAUAAGUAUGAUAAAGUAUGUUUCAUUGUCCUACAUGUUGACAAUGCUACAUUUUCGUAUUUUUUACUAUUUGUAGGGUUUUACACACAUUAUUGUCGAUACAAUUGGCAUGUUGAUGUAGUUACUUUUUUUAAAGAGCUGCUUAGUUUAUACUAGAAGAUAUUUUUAUAGUUUUACUGGUUUGUUCUUUUUUUUCUUAAUAUUAGGUUGAACCGAAAGUAGCGGAACACGUUUUAGUUGAAAAAUAAAAUAAUAUUAUCGUAGUUUUAAUACCUAAACUUUCAGUUGAACGCUUACCGACGAGCUUGGUGGGGCCUUUGGGUGUUUGUGAUAGCAGUGGCAGUGAUCAUCUGGGUAGCUAUCAUUUGUUUUGUUGUUAAAAAGGGCAAAAGCCCUACCUCUAAGCCCUAUGACAAUAUUGUUGUGAAUCGAGAAUAG